UAUGAUCGUAAGGGAGGGUGCUUCUUAGUCUGGCAUCUGUUCAGACCUCUCGCAUCGCUCUCUUCUCGAGUCUCCAUCGAACGGCUGCGGCCCGAUUCCUCGAUCGCCCCUCUCUCUCGCCGUUAGUCAUGGCGAUUAGGGUUUGCUCGUUCCUGAUCGCGCUUCUCCUCCUCGCGUCUCCGCUCGUCCAAGUUGCUAGAUGCCAGUCAGAUGAGGAUGUUGCCACAGCGGAAGUUGUUGAAGGAAGCGAUCUUGGCAUAGUUGGUGAUGACACUCAAGUUUUUGAUGGAGCUCUGGAUCCAGCUCCUGGAAUAGAUACGGUCUGUGUAUUCCCAAAGAACGUCGCUAAAUUAGUACCAGCAGGAGAAGAAACUGAACUACUGGUUGGCUUACAUAAUGAGGGUGAAGCAGUUUUAAAAGUGGUUGCUAUACAUGCUAGCCUUCAUCUCCCGUUUGACCAUCACAUGUUUGUGCAGAAUCUUACUGUGCAGGAGUUCUAUAAUGCAACAGUACCUGUUUCUACUCAAGCUACCUUCCCAUAUGUAUUUGCUGUUAGCAGAUACUUGCAGCCUGGCUCUUUUGAUUUAGUGGGAACGGUAGUCUAUGAGAUUGAUCAGCAACCAUAUCAGAAUUGUUUCUAUAAUGGCACCAUUGAAGUUGUAGAAGCUGGAGGUCUUUUAACCAUUGAGUCAGUUUUUCUUCUGACCCUUGGAGUCGCUCUGAUUGGUCUUUUGGGAUUCUGGGCAUAUGGUCAAAUUCAACAGUUAUCAAAGAAGACAAAGAGAUCUCCGAAGGUGGAAGUAGGCACCAAAACCACAGAUGCCGACAUGGAUGAGUGGUUGCAGGGAACUGCUUAUGCGCAGUCAUUGUCAAAAUCAAAGAAAAAGUAGAUUGAGGUAUUCUUCUUGGUAGUGUAUCUUUCUGGGGGGAGCAAGACGAGGCAGCUUAUCUGACAAGUUGUAGAUUCCGGGUUCAGUAAAAAAAAUCUGGACGUACUUCUUACUUCAGUUAGACGAGGCAGCUUACCUUUAAUAAUUUUUUUGGUGACAUCUGAUCCUCCUCUGCCAUACAAGAACAUAUUUCGAAACCUCAAUUUUGACUGGGUUAAUUUUGUACACUUUUGAUAUUAUUGCUUUUGCUAUAGAAACAAAUUAUUCCAAUUA